AUGGAAAAUGAAUUACGUGAUAAUGAGGUUAAUUGUAAUACACAGUCGUUAAGGAUUGAUUUUACUGAAGAUGAAACAGAAGAAGAAGAGAAAACAUUUCACUGUGAUGUCUGCAACAAGUCCUUCUUUCUCAAAGAUGAACAGACGAUUCACAAAUGUUUCCAUGCAGGAGAGGAUCUCUAUCGCUGUGAAAUCUGUGGUAAAUCAUUCUCUGAAAAGGUUCGUUUGACCACACAUAAACACAUUCACGCAGGAGUCGAGCCGUAUCGCUGUAAUACCUGUGGUAAAUCAUUCUCUCAGAAUCAUACCUUAGCUAUUCACAAAUGCAUCCACAUUGUGGCUAAGACACAUCAUUGUGAUAUCUGUGCAACCUAA